UCUCAAUUCUGAGGUUACCCCCGAGGAGACGCUAAUGACACCGAAGUUAGAGCAGCAGUACGCUAAUGACGUAAAAUCGGGAUACCAAACCGUAUAUUCAGCUGGGGCCGCUACGAUUUAUGAAGAAAUCAAGGGGAAAGGCAUUCUGCCUGAACCAAAACCAAUUCUCAUGCCGGAGGACAAGUUGGAUAAUUCACGAUAUUGCGACUAUCAUAAAUCACCAGGACAUAAUACCGAUGAGUGUCUGAGUUUGUUGGCGGCCUUAUUACGUCUCGUCGGUCAUCCUCAACUCAGGAAAUUCUAUCGAAACACCGAUGCCCAGAAACUGGGGCCGGGACGUCAAAUCGAGCCCUAUGAUGAUGAUGAGGACGAAGACCGAGGUGCUAUGCCGAAACAAAUCCGACAAGGAGAAAAAGAAGUGUUUAUGCUCACUUUGGGUAUGUUUAAUGUUGACGCUGCUGUAAAUUCUCGAAGACCUAAAAGGAACCGAUCUCCAAGCCCAAUGCAAAUCACCGUUCACCGAGUAAACACCAAUAAUUCGAGAGUUGUGUCAUAUCGUCGUCAAAUCAAAGCCUACGGUCGACAUACUUACAAUUUGGGUAAACAGGUUUUCACUACUGAUUUACGAGAUGUGAUCAAUGCCCGAAAUUUUCCCAUCACUUUUAACAUGAAGGACGCAAAUCUUAUUGCACAUCCUCAUUCCGAUGCUCUU